AGGCUUGUGGUGAGGGCUCGGGCGUAGGGGGUCUUUUCGGAGGAAAUGCAACCCCUUUUUCCACUCUUUGCAAGGUACAGUGAGCAUUUAAAAAGCGAUGCCGGUGGUCUGAUGAAAGUCAGAAAUCAGAAAGCCAAAAGAGAAGAUGACGACCCUCGCUGCUGCGUUCCUGUGCCUCGCUGUACUGCUGCCGUCCCCUGCCCCUGGGCAAGCAAUUGAACGUGCGCGUACGUGUUGUUUGACAACAACAAAUACAAAAAUCCGUGUGGGCCUGGUUGAUCACUAUCGCAUACAGAAGAAAGGACCGUGUCCCGUGGAUGCAGUGGUCUUUUUCACCAUUAGAGGACUCUCAAUCUGCUCCAAGCCCUCAGACCCCUGGACACAAAGAGCCAUGGCGACUGUGGAUAGCAGGAAAAGGACAACCCCAACCACGAGCACCACAUCACCCAAUGCGUCUUCGGAAUCAACUGCAUCACUGCUGAGCACCACCGACAAAACUACGCGAUAACUUUUCCUGUGCGCUUUGGAGCCGAGAAUCACCUUGGACCAGCUCACACGUCUUCUGUCCCUCCAAUAAGCCACGAAGCAUGUGUUUAUGUGCUAUUUGAAAUAUAUGCUGAGUUGAAUAUUUUCUUUUUGUGUUCUUCGUGAAUUGGACAUGUGAAUUUUGUGGAUUGGUCAUGCACUUUAUAACUGAAACAUCACUUUCAACACUUUAUAUUAUACUAUGGAUUUAAUCUUUAAUCAUGUUUAUUUCUGGAGUGUGUAUUUAACUAUGUUUUCUAAUAAAUCAUAUCAUUUAAAAA